AUGCAAGGACCUGAUUUCUCUGAUACAAGUUCGUCUCAGCAAGUUACGCAAGUUCCCUCCAUGAUCCAUGCUGUUUCACUGAGCAAAUCUUCACAAGUCUCUGCUUCUUUGGAAUCAAAUUCGUCAACUGUUUGCCUAGCAGAAGUUCCCUCUUUCCCUGGUCCAUUUUCAUCAAGGGAAUCCAUGCAAGUUCCUGAUUUCUCUGACAUAAGUUUAACAAGAGUAAUCAUAAAAGUUCCCUCUAUCCAUAAUGUUUUUGCAAUGAACAAAUCUACUCAGGUUCCUUCUUUCUCUGACACAAGUUUAUCAACCACAUGUACAGAAGAUAUUUCAUCUUUCUCAAGUCCAAUUUCAUCAAGUGAAUCUAUACAAGUUCCUGAAAUAAAUUUACCAAGAGAAGUUCAACAAAUUCCCUCUAUCUAUUCUACUAAAGCUAUUUGCAAAUCCACACAAGUUCCUUCAUUUUCUAGCCAAAGUUCAUCCACAUCAUGCAUAGAAGAUACCCCGCCUCUCUUGGUUUUAUCCACAGAAUCCCUGCAAGUUCCUGAUUUUGCUAACAUAAGUUCAACAGAAAACAAACAAGUUUCCUAUACCUCUGUCACUAUUUCUACAAGAAAAUCUGCACAAGUCCCUCCUUUUUAUGGCACAAGUUCAUCAAGCACAGGCAUAGGAGAUAUUUCAUCGUUCAUCGUUACAGCUUCAUCAAAAGAGUCCAAACAAGUUCCUGACUCCUCUAACAAAAUUUCAACAAAACUUGUACAAGUUUCCUUGGCCUCUGAUGCUAUUUCAGUGAGCAAGCCUCCACAAGUUUAUUCUUCCUUGACACAAUAUACAUCAAACAAAUCUAUUCAAUAUUCCUCUCACUUUUGUCUCAUUUCUUUGAAUCAGACUACACAAGUUUCUUUUAGCACAGGCUCAACAAGUAAGUGUCUGGAAGUGCCCUCUCUGUCAGAACCAUCCAAAGAAUUGUCCACUUCGCCUAAAGCAGUUUCAUUGAGCCAACAUGGGAAAACCCCACCAAGAAAAUCCACAGAAAUACUUUCUCUUUCCACUACAAUUUCUUCAAAGGGAACUAAAAAAGGUCUUCCAUCACAUGGAUUGUGUUCUCUAGAAACAUUUGCAGAGAAUGAAUGUACCCGGUGUGCCAUGUCAAGUUCUCCAAGAGAAUUGAAACAAACUUCCUCUCCUAAAUUUAUGUCACCGAGUAAAGCUACACAAUAUCCUGUUUCCUCAGGCAAAGGGGCUUAUUUUGUAGAAAAUUCACAGAGUGACUCCUUAAAAGGCUCAGGUAUCUCUGAUUCAAAACCAUCGAGGGAAUAUUUGGACUGUUUCAAAUCAUUACAAAUGCCUCUUCUCUCCAUUUUACCGUCUUCAAAAGGAGCUGAAAAACAUCUUCCAUCAUUAGGCGCAAGUGCUCCAGGAGUAUGUACAGAGAAAGAAACUGUCCAGCAUGCUAAACGAAGAUCACAAACCAAAAUCAAAGUCACUUCCCCUCUGAAAAGUUCAUGUAGGGAAUCCAUACAAAGACCUGAUUUCUGUGAUUCGAAAGUACUUAAAGAAUCUUUGAUAUAUUCCAUUAUCUCUGGGCCAUGUUCAAUAAAGGAAUCCUUAGAAGCUACUUUUAUUUUCACUUCGGCUUCUUCAAAGGAAGAUGCAAAAGGUCUGCCUUCAUCUGGCUUGUGUUCUCCAAAAGAAUGUACAGAGAACGAGUAUGUUCCUUUUGCCACUUCAACUAUACAAUUUCCUUCUGACUCCGUCACAAGGUUUAUGUCUGUAGCAAGUUCAAGGAGAGAAUCAAUAAAAGGUCCAAAUUUUUGUGAAUCAAAACUGUCGCAAGAAUCAUUAGACUUUUCUAGUAUUUCUGAGUCAAGUUCAACUAAUUCAACUGUUUUAAAAGAGACUAUAGGUCUUACAUCAUAUGCCUUACAUUCUACAGAAGAAUGUACAGAGACAGAAAGAGUCCAGACUGCCUUCCAAAGUUCACAAACAGAAUCCAAGCAAGCUUCCCAUCCUUCUAGAAAAAUGUUACUGGACAAAACUACACAAUAUCCUUCUUUCUCAAGCACAACCACUUAUUCUAUGGAAAGCUUACAGAGAGAAGCCAUUCCAGUUCCAGAUGUCUCUGACUCAAAAUCAUUGCGAGAAUUUUUGGAUUUACCUGUUACCUCUAGGCUAAAUUUACCAGAAGAAUCUUCAGAAGCCUCUUCAGAAGGAGCUGAAGAAAGUUCUCCAUCAUCUGGUUUAUAUUCUUCAGAAGAAUAUGCAGGGACUGGGAGUACCCAUUCUAUCCUCCAAAUUUCACAAACAGAAUCCAAACAACAUUUCCCUCCUUCAAGAAGAAUGUCACUGAGCCAAUCUAUACAAAAAUCCUCUCUCUCAAUCAUAAUAGUUACUCCUGUGGAAAGCUUUCAGAAAGAGUUUAUUCAAGAUCUAGAUGCCUAUGCCUCAAAAUCAUCACAAGAACCUUUGAACAUUUCUGUUUCCUUAGAAACCAUAGAAAUUCCUCUUCCUUCAAGAAGAGUUCUAGAAAAUAUUCCAUCAUCUGACCUGAAGUCUGUAACAGAAAUUACAGAGAAAAAGAGUAACCAACCAGACAGUCUAUCUUUACCAAUGGAACCUAAACGAUUUUCCAUUCUUUCUGGCCUUAAGUCAUUGAGUAGAGCUUUAGCAUUUUCUUCUUGUUCUAGCAAAUCAAGGAAAGAGGGCAAACAGAAUUUAUGUGAUUCACAAUCAGUAUGGGAAUCUUUGGACUUUUCUAACAUUCCUGGACAAAGUUCAAAGAAAGGAACCUUGGAAAUUCCUGUUCCUUCAACUUCAACUUCUCCAAGAGGCAUUUUAGAAAAGCUUCAAUCAUCUAAUAAAUCUAAUAAAACAUCUAAUAAAAACAAAUCAUCUUCAUUAGAAAAUAAAGAGAAAGGGAGUAUCCAGUCUGACUCCUUAACUUCACCAAGAGCAUCUGACCUUAGCUUACUGCAUAGAGCUACAGCAUUUCCUUCUUCCUCUCUCCAGAAAGAAUUACUUCUUGACGGCUCAAAGAGAAACUCUACCAAACGUAAAAAUUUAUGUGAUUCAAAAUCAAUAUGGGAAUAUUUAGACUAUUCUGUCAUUUCUGAUACAAGUUCAACAGAAUCCUUAAAAAUGCCUCUUCUCUCAAUUUCAACUUCUUCAAAAGGAGCUCUGGGAGUUUUUCCAUCAUCUAGCUUAAUCUCUGCAGUAGAAAUUAUAGAGAAAAAGACUGUGAAGUCUGAAAUCCUAAUUUCACCAAGAGAAUGCAAACAAGUCCCUCCUCCUAGCUUUAUUUCACCAAGUAAUACUAUACAGUUUUUUUCUUCCCCAAGCAAAAUGGUUUUGUCUGUGGAAAGCUCACAGACAGAGUUCAUACAAGGCUCAGAUGUCUCUAUCUCAGAAUCACUGCAAGAACCUUUGGCUGCUUCUGUUAUCUCUAAAGCAUGUUCAACAAUAGAAUACUCAAAAGUUCCUGUACUUUUUACUUUAACUUCUCCAAAAGGUCUUCCAUCAUCUAGCUUGUUGUCUCCAACAGAAAUUACAGAGAAAAGGAGUAUCCAGUCUGAUAUCCCAGCUUUGCCAAGAGAAUCUGAACAAGUUUCCUUUUCUUCCAAUCUUAUAUUACCAAGCAAACCUAUGCAAUCUCCUUCUUCCUCAGUCACAAAUGUUUAUUUUGUGGAUAGUUCAUGGAUAGAGUCUAUACAAAAUCCAGAUGUCUCCGACUCAAAAUUAUUGCAAGAACCUUUGAACUCUUCCAUUAUCUCUGGGCCAAAUUCAACAAAAGAAAACUUAGAAGUUCCUAUUCUUUUGACUGAAACUUCUUCAAAAAGAGCUACAAAAGGUCUUCCAACAUCUGGCCUGAGGUCUCCAACAGAAAUUACAGAGAAAAAGAGUGUCCAGACUGAUAUCUCAGCUUUACCAAGUGAAACCAAACAUGUUUCCCUUCCUUCCGAUCUUCUGUUACCAGAUAAACCUAUACAAUUUCCUUCUUCAUCAGGCACAAAGGUUUAUUUUGUGGACAACUCAUGGUUAGUGUCUACACAAGAUUCUGAUGUUUCUGACUCAAAACCAUUGGAAGAAUCACCAGACUUUUAUAUUAUCUCAGGGUUCAAUUCAACAAAAGAAGAACUUCUUUCCAUUUCACCUUCUUCAAAAGGAGCUACAGAAGGUCUUCUAUCAUCUAGCUUGAGGUCUCCAAUAGAAAUCAUAGGGGAAGAGAGUGUCCAAAGUGACACUCCAAGUUCACCAAGAGAAUCCAAACAAGUUUCCCCUUCUUUCAGCAAACAAGUUGCUUCUUCUAACCUUAAGUCACUGAGUAAAGCUACACAAUUUCCUUCUUUUGAAAAUGCAUUUGUUUUGUCUAUGGCAAGUUUGCAAAGAGAGCCCAUACAUGAUCCGGAAUUUUCUGAAUCAAUUUCAUUGAGAGAAUCUUUGGAACCUCCUGUUUUUUCUGGGUCAAGUUCAGCAAAGCAGUCUUUAAAAGUCCCUCUCAUUUCCACUUCACUUUCUUCAAAAGGAACUCAAGAACAGUCGUCGUUUGGUUUAAGGUCAAUAGUAGAAAUGGGAGAGAAUGAGAAUGCCCAGUAUGCAACUCCAAGUUCAGCAAAGGAUUCCAAAAAAGCUUCCCUUUCUCCUAGCCUAAUGUCAUUGAGUAAAGAUAUACAAUUUCCUUCUUUCUCUGGCCCAACGUUUUUGAUUGUGCCAAGUUCACCAAGAGAGACAAAUCAAGCUCAAGAUUUCUCUGUCCCCAAUUCACUGCAAGACUCCUUUGACUUUUCCAUUUUCUCUCGGCCAAGUUCCCCAGGAAAAUCCAUAAGAGAAUCCUUAGAAGUUCCUCCUCUUUCCAGGUUAACUUCUUCAAAAGGAAGCACAGAACGUCUUCAAUUGUCUGGCUUACAUUCUCCAAUAGAAUUUGCAAAAAAUGAUAGUGCUCGACCAGGCAGCCCCAGUUCACCAAGAGAAUCAGCACAACCCUCUCCUACUGCCAGCCCUAGAUUAUUAAAUAAGACUCUUACAUAUCCUUAUUUCUCUGGACCAAGCACAUCCAAAUAUUCCAUGGAAGAUCUUGAUUUUUCUGUGCCAAGUUCGCAUAAAGAAACACUACAGACUAAUUUACCAAGGGAAUCCUUUGAAUUUCUUACUAUCCCCCAGUCAAGUUCAAUAAGGCAAUCCACAGCAGGUCCUUCUCUUUACACUUCCAGUUCUUCAAGAAUAUCUUCACAAGUUCUUUCUUCUUCUGGCCGAAAGUCACCAAAAGAACACAUACAGAGUUUUGAGAGUGCUCAUUCUUCCAGUCCAAGCUCACCAAAGGGAUCUAGACAACCUUCUCCCAUUGGCAGUCCUAGUUUGCUGAAAAAGCCCAUGCCAAAUCUUUUCUCUGGACCAAGUGUUCUAAAACAGCCAUUAGAUGUUCCCUCUUCUUCUAUGUCAAGUUCACGGAGAGAGUCAAUAAUACAUGGUCCUCCUUUCUCUUUCCCAAAUUCCCUGAGAGAGUCCUUUGAAUUUCCCAUUAUUCCUGGGGCAAGUUCAACAAGAGAAUCUUUAGAAGUUCCACUCCUUUCCAUUUCAAGUCCAUCGAGAAGAUCUAAAGACUUUCUUUCUUCCUUUGAUUUAAGGUCUCCAGCAGAAUAUUCAGAGAGUAAGUUUAUCCAUUCUUCCCGCCCAAGUUCACCAAGAGGUUCUGGACAACCAUCUCCUGCCACCAGUCCUAGAUUACUCAAAAAAUCUGUGGCAUUUUCUCCUUUCCCAGGACCAGUUGUUCCACACCAAUCCACAGAAGUUUCUCCUUUUGUCUUACAUUCACAAAAAGAAUCCUUUGAUUUUCCCUUUUUUUCCGGACCAUUUUCAACAAGGGAAUCUAUAAAUGUUCCCACUCUUUUUGUUUCAAAUGUAUCUGAAGGAGUAACAGAAGUUCUUCCUACAUCUAACAUAAAGUCAUCAAUGGAAUAUGAAGAAAAUGAAAUUGCCUGUUAUACCAUCCCAAGUUCACUAAAAGGAUCUACAGAACCUCCUACCUCUGCCAGUUGUAGAUUACUUAAUAAAUCAUUAUUAUUUCCUCCUUUUUUAGAACCAGGUAUAUCAAAACAGCCCAUGGAAGGUCUUGCUUCCUCUACAACAAAUUCACAGAAGGAAUCUACACAAGACCCUGCUUUAUCUGACCCCAAUUCACUGAGAGAAUCUAUAGAUGUUCUCCCUGUUUCCACCUUUAGUUCAUCAAGAGGAGCUACAGAAGUUCUACCUUCCUCUGGUAUAAAGUUACCAAUAGAAUUUGAAGGACUUGAGACUGUCUGUUCAUCCUGCCCAAGUUUCCCAAGAGAAUCUGCACAACCUUCCCCUACAAUCAGUCCUAGAUUAGCAAGUAAAUCAUUACCACUUCCUCCUUUUUCAGGAACAGAUAUGCCAAAACAAUCCAAGGAAGUUUCUCCUUCCAUCUCAAGUUCAAGGCGAGAAUCUAUACAAGAACCUGGUUUUUUUGGCUCAAACUCACUAGGAGAAUCCUUUAAUUUUCUAAUUAUUCCUGGACCAAGUUCAGUAAGAGAAUCAUUAGAUAUUCCUCCUCUUUCAAUUUCAACUUCCUUAAAAGGCUCUACAGACAGUCAGUCUUCUUCUGGCCUAAGGUCACCAAUAGAAUAUUCAGAGAGAGAGAGAGCCCAUUCCGGAAGGCCAAAUUCACCAAAAGAGCCUAUUCAAGCUUCCCCUACAACCAGCCCAAAUUUAGUGAGUAGAUCAAUGCAAUAUCCUUCUUUAUCAGGGCCAAAUCCACUAAGAGAAGUUCCACAGGUUUCUCUUACCUCUAGUCUCACAUUAUUAAGUGAAACCAUGCAACUUCCUUCUUUCUCUGGACCAAGUGUGUCAAAAGAAUCCACAGAAGUACCAGCUUCUAUGUCAAGUCCAGGAAGCGAAUCAAUACAAGGUUCUGUUUUCUCUAUCCCAAAUUCACUGAGAGAAUCCUUUGAAUUUCCCAUUUUCUCUGGACUAAGAUCAGUAAGAGAAUCUUUGGAAGUUCCUCCUCUUUCUACUACAGGUUCAUUGAGAGAAUCUACACAUAUUUCUCCUGCUUUCUUGAGAUCUCCAACAGAACAUUCAGAAAGUGAAAAUGCCCAUUCUGUCUACCCAAGUUCACCAAGAGAAUCUAUACAACCUUCCCCUGCCUCCAGCCCUGGAUUAUUGAGUAAAACCUUUCAAUUGUCUUCUUUCCAAGGAUCAAGUGUGUCAGAAUCCAUGAAAACACUUGCUUCUUCCAUGUCCAGUUCACAGAAAGAAUCAAGACAGGGUCCUGAUUUUUUUGUCCCAACUUCAAUGGGAGAAUCCCUUGAUAUCCCCAUUUUCUCUGAGUCAAGUUCAAUAAGAGAAUCCUUAGAAGUUCCCCCUUGUUCCUCUUCAGGAUCUUCAAAAGACUCUAAACAUGUUCUUCCUUCCUUGGGCUUAAGGUCACCAAUAGAAUAUGCAGAUAGUCAAAGUGCUCUUCCUGCCAGUCCAAGAUCACCAAGAGAAUCCAAAAAGUCAUCUCCUCCCUUCAGUCCAAAGGCAAUUAGUACAGACACACAAGUUCUUUCUUUUUCAGAUGCAAAUGUGACAAAAGAAUCUACAGAAUUUCCUGAUGUCUCCGUUUCAAGUUCACAGAAAGAAUCUAUACAAGAGCCAGUUUUCUUUGACUCAAACUCCCCGAGAGAAUCCUUUGAUUUUCCCAUUUUCUCUGGGGAAAAUUUAAUAAGACAGUCUUUAGAAGUUCCCUUUUUUUCUUCUUUAGGUUCUUUGAGAGGAUCUAUAGAAGUACUUCCUCCAUCUGGCUUAAGGUCCCCAGUAGAAUAUAUAGAACAUGAGAGUGCCUAUUUUCCUAGGCCAAGUUCACCAAGAGAAUCUGGACAAUCUGACUACCUUUCCAGAUCAAAUUUAGUGAGCAGAUCUAUGCAAUUUCCUUCCUUAGACUCAAGCAUAUCAGAACAAUCCAUGGAAGUUCUUGCUUCCUCGAUGUUAAGUUCACAUAGAGAAUUCAUAGAAGACUCAGCUUCAUCAGCCUCAAAAUCACUGAGGGAAGCCUUUGAAUUUCCCCUUUUCUCAGGCUCAGGUAUAAGAAGAGAAAUUUUAGAAGUUCCUCCUCCUUUUUCAACAAAAGAAUCUUUACAAAUUAUUCCAAUUUCUGAAUUGACAUCAGUGAAAGAACCUGAAGAGAGUGAAAUUUCUGCUGCAGUCAGCCAACAUUCAGUUAGUGAUUUCACGGAAGCUCUAGCCCCUGUGGACCUAAGAUCCAGGAGAGAAUUCACUCACAUUUAUCCUCCCUUGAUUCCUAGUCAUCCACAAGAAUUCCCUGAAGGUCUCCCUCUCCCUAGUAUAGAUCCACAGAGAGAAUUUAUUCAAGCUCCUUCUUUUUCCAGCCAAAGUUCACUGAGAGAGUAUAUGGAUGUUCCUCCAGCCAAUAUCUCCCAGAGACAAUCCAUUCAAAUGUCUGCUUCUUCCCAGACAGAAUUUAUUCAAAUUCUUGAUUUUUCAAACUCAAGUUCACAAAGAGAAUCAAUAGCCCUCCCAACCUCCAGAAUCAGCGCCCAGAGACAAUCCAUUCAAGUUUGUGCUUUUUCCAUCCCAAGUCCACAGAGUGAGUCCAUUGGUCACCCUUCAUCCAGCAUCAGUUCCCAAAGAGAAGCUGUUGAAGUUUCUGCUUCAUUCAGUCCAAGUUCAGAUAAAGAAGUGAUGGAUAUGGCUUGCUCUAGUAUCCGCUCUCAGAGAAAAUUCACUACAAUUUCUGAUCCUUUCAUCCAAAAUUCACAAAGAGAGUCCACUGGUCAGCCUCCAUCCAGUAUCAUAUCCCAUAAAGAAUCCAUUUCAGUAUCUGCUUUUUAUAAACCAAGUUCAGAGAAAAUUGUGAUGAAUCUUUCUCACUCUAGUAUCAGCUCCCAGAGAAAAUCUAUUAAAAUUUCUGAUUCAUCCAUCUCAAAUUCACUAAGAGAAUCCAGGGGUCUCCCUCCCACUAGCAUCAGCUACCAGAGAGAACCAGUUCAAGUUUCUGAUGUGUCCAGCCCAAAUUCACAGAGAGAGACCAUGGAUCUCCCCUCCUCCAGCAUCAUAUCCCAGAGAGAAUUGAUUCAAGAUCUUGUUUCUAAUACCCCAACUUUGCUGAGGGGUUCUCUAGUAUUCCUUCCUCCUAAUAUCAGAUCCCAGACAGAAUCAAUUGAACUUCCUGAUUCUUCCACUCAGAAUUCACAGAGACAAUCCAUGGGUCUCAUAUCCUCCAACAUCAACUUCCAAAGAGAUUCCAUUCAAAUUCCUGAUUCUUCCAACCCAAAUUUACAGGGAGAGUCACUGGAUAUACCUCCCUCCAGCAUCAGCUUGCCAAGAAAACUGAUUCAUGAGUUUUCCCCAAGAACUCCAAGUUCACUAAGAGAGCUUCCAGGUCUCCCCCCUCCCUCUAGCAUAAUCUCUCAGAGAGAUUUCAUUCAAAUUCCACUCCUUUAUAGCCCAUGUUCACUGAAAGAUGGUAUGGAUGACCAAUCUCUAAGUAUCCAUUCCCAAAAAGAGCCCAUUCAAGAUUCUUCAGGUUCAAGUUCUCAGAGAGAGUCAGUGGGUUUCUCUACCUUUAGCAUCAGCUCCCAGAGAGAAUCGAUUCAAAUCACUGAUUCUACUCGCCCAAAUUUACAGAAAGAGUCCAUGGGACUCCUUCCCUCCAGCAUCAUCUCUCAGAAGCAAUCCAUUCAGGUUCCUGUUUCUUAUAUCUCAAGUGCACAUAGAGAAUCCAUGGGUCAACAUCCCUCCAGCAUCAGCUCACAAAGGGAAUCUAUUCAAGAUAUUGAUUCUUACAGCCCAACUUCAAAAAGAGAUUUCAUCUAUCUCCCUCCUUCCAAAAUCAGCUCUCAGAAGCAAUCCAUUCAAGUUCCUGUUUCUUACAACUCAAGUUCAGAGAGAGAAUCCAUGGAUUUCUCUUUCUCCAAAAUGGACUCACAGAGGGGAUCUAUUCAAACUCUGGUUCCUUUCAACCCACAUACACAGAGAGAAUCUGUGGGUCAACUUCCCUCUACCACCAGCUCCCAGAGAGAGUACGUUCAGUUUAAUGAUUAUUCUAACCUAAGUUCAGAGAGAGGAUCCAUGCAUCUCCCUCCCUCCAGUAUCACCUCUCAGAGAGAAUCUAUUCAGAUUGCUGAUUCUUCUAGCACAAGUUCACAGAAAGAGCCCGUGGAACUCCCUUCCUCCAGGAGCAGCAUCCAGAAGGAAUCUAUUCAGAUUCCUGAUGCUUCUAACCCAAAUUCACAAGCAGAGAUAAUAGAAGUUCUUCCAUUCACUAGCCCAAUCUCUCAAAGAGAAACCAUAGAAGUUUCUACUUCUCUUGUUCUUAAUCCAUCAGAGGAAUUCAUGAGCAGCCCUCUUUCCCCAGGCCAAAGUUCACCAAAAGAUUUCUUAGAUGUUCUUCCUUUAGCUAGCCCAGCUUCAUCGGAAUUUGUCAACACUCCUUUUUCCUCUGGUCAAAGUUCUCUGAAAAGUCUUCCUUUGUCAGUCCCAGUUGCAUCAGAAGAAAUCAUUAAUGUUUCUGCUUCCCUUUCUCCAAAUACAACAGAGAAUUUAAUAGAAAUUCCUCCUUUUCUAAAUGUUUUGCCAAGUGAAUCCAUACAGGAUUCUCUUUCCUCUGAGUCCAGUUCUCUAGGAGAAUCAGCGCAAGUUUCUGCUUUAUCUAGUGAAUACUCACUGAAAAAAUUCUUUAAAAUUCUCCCUUUCCCUGAAUCAGGUUCAGCAAAAGAAUUUAUCCACCCCUCUGGUCCAACUUCACGUUUAUCAGAAGAUGAUGGAAGUAAAUCCCUUAACCCUCAAGCCCCCUCUUCCUCCUCAUAUCAUAGAGAACCUAUGCAAGUGCCCUUUUCUCCCUGUUCAAGUUCAAUAGAUGGAUGUAUAAAAUCAUCUAAAACACCCACGAAAGAAAAACUGGUCAAGUCUGAAACAUCUUCCAAAGAGGAAACAGAACUCAUGCAGGUCCCAUAA